AUGAGUUCCAGCGAUGAUGAGUGGCGAAAUCCACCCGACUUGCUCGCGCGUAGAACAGCGGGCCGUAGAGGUGGGGAGGACGCCAUGCUGGCGGCGCGGAGACAAGCGGUGCAGCGGCAGCACGGCUCUGCAGCGUUGGCCCCGCCGCCGACACAACCGCCGGCACAAGAACCCCUCAUGGUGCCUGAGCAGUUGGCGCGGAAAACGAUGCCGCCACCAAAACGAGAGACGGGAGUAACGGAGGAGAUGCUUGAAUCCCUGCGUCAGGAGCUCGAGGCAAAAAAAAAAGUGCUCACUGCGGCGAAGGAAAAGGAAAAUUCUCUGAGGGAGAAGUGGCGUGCGCUGAGGGCACAAAAACUCGCAGAGAUUGCACAACUUGACGUUAAGCUUCACCACCAUAAGGACGCUAUGGAAGAUGUAAAGGCGUCAGCGGAACGUGAAGUUCGUGAGGCAGAAGACGCGCAGCAGCAACAACUGGAGGAAGAGCGCAUUAAAGUUGCGAGUGCCGUUCGUGAACAAUACGAGCCGCAGAUCGUGGCCCUACGUUCCCAGCUGGAAGGGCUGCAGCAGCAGGAGGCCAAACUGCAGGCAGAAUUGGGUGUGAAAGACACCGUGAAGGAUCUUCUGCACAAAUGUGUUGGUAGUGCGCUUGCCACUAUUUUGCAGCGCGUGAAUGACUUGUUUGCAGCCGAGAGUUCAACGAUGGAAAGUUGGGAAGACGAGAUACAACGUCUUGUGCGACAUGAAGUGCGUUCCUCUUUUGCCGUCACGACCGGGAGCGAGGCGCAACGGGAGCGUGAGGACUGCCAGAAAUUAUUUCAGGAGUUGCUUGAAUUUUGGCGCAAGGCAGAGGAGGAGGAGCGGGAACAUGUCCUCAAGAUGGACGAGCAGUUGAUAUUAGACAUGCAAUCAAUGGUGCAUGACGAUCUUGACCGGCUCCAGCGUGAGGAGUUAAGCAUGGAGGAGAUGUACGUGGAGUCGCGCGAAGCGUGGGCGUCGCAGCACCAGGAAAUUCUAAAGCGUGAAUUAGACGCAGCCAUGAGCCGCCGCACCGCCGAGCACGAGGAGCAGCGAGCACUUCGCCAUCAACUGCACUUGGAGCGUCUGAAGGCCGUGGAGGAGAACCAUCACGACAUGUUGGAAAAACAGCGAUGGUUUCAUGAGAAGCAUAUGGCGCUUCUGCGUGAGCAGCAUGUCAAAGAGGAACGUCUCGCCGAGCAACGGAGUCGUGUCAAUGCAGCCAUGCAAGCAGACGCUUCACGCGCUACGGAAGAAGUUAAUCGCAUUGUACAUGCCGUUGAGGCUCUUCUGAAAAGAAUGAAGGAAUAUCGAGCCGCAAUUGAGGAUGGCCGCGCAGCAAUAGACAGCGAUCGUCGGCGGGCGUUGGAGGCACGAGAGGAGACACUCACAAUGCUUCAGGAACUUGUCACGAAACAAAAUGUUUCUGUUGGUGAAGAGUACAACUCGCUUAUGGCGACGCUAAGCAGGUUAGAGGGUCUACGUCGUACGAUGGAGCAACAUCUUGAAGAGGAACGUCUCUGGCUAGGAAAACAGGAGGCGAAUUUUGCAAACGGCAAGACGGAGUGGGAGCGAGAGUACCGGCGAUGGAAACAAAUGGUGGAAGAUGAGAAAAGCAACAUACAAGAGCGCUUUGGUCGCGUUCUCGCAGAGCUACGGGAGGCUACCGUGCAGCUAGCCGAAGAGGAACGUGAUGCCAAAGCAGAACAAGCAUCCAUGGUGUCGUGGUUUCGCACGGCAAGCGAAAGUGCACAUGCAGAAGUAAGUCAACUGCGUCAGCGCGAGGAGGAUCUUAGGGGACGACACGAGGUGAUGGUAAAACUCCUCAAUGACUUUCAACGGACGACGGAGCAGGUGGAUGAACAGUGGCGGCAGUUGCGGCAAGAGCGUCAAGGCCUUAUGAAGGAGAGCGAAGCGCUGCGGAAUGAUGAAAUGCAGCUACGGCAGUCCAGGCAGUACCUGCAUCUCCUCCAAGAACAGCUCGAUGCCAAACGUAUAGAAACGGCAGAGGGCCAUGGGCGCAUAAAUGCGCUUCGGCGCGAGCUACAGCUCUCCAAAGAAGCGGUGGAAAAUUUACCAAGGCAGAUACCUGAAGCCCGUCACCAAAUGCUGCCCGCUGCGCCGCCAAACUUCUGUCACGCCAUGCCAGCUGCCAGACAAAACGCCAACCGAUUGCCACUGCGUGUGCUUCACGAAUUACGCGGAAUGCUUGGAAAGAAUAGCCGGCAGAUUCCAGUCAGGGCGGUGGUUUCAGAAUCACCUGAGCCCGCGGUUGAUCUUACAUUUGCCUCUACCGCCGCGGAAACCAGCCCAGUGCACCGCCGGAUGGCACCACAACACGAACAGCCACGUUCCUAUCAGACUGGCAAGCCAGAGCACACGUAUGUUGACCCGGUUGACAGCUCGAGAGACACCUCGACGCAUCUAUACGACACCUCAAACAACAAUUUCACGAGUCUCAUCAACUUCUCAGACACGGAGUCAACACGUCACUCACUUCAUACUUCAUCAUAG